AUGGACUACCAAAACCGCGCUGGCAGCAAAUUCGGCGGUGGCGGCGUUGCUUCGACCAGCGCAACUAACGCCGACCGUCGCGAGCGUCUCCGCAAACUCGCUCUCGAAACCAUCGACCUAGACAAAGAUCCCUACUUCUUCAAAAACCACGUCGGAUCAUUCGAAUGUCGCCUCUGUCUCACCGUACACCAAAACGAUGGUUCCUACCUCGCGCACACGCAAGGUCGCAAGCAUCAAACCAAUCUCGCGCGACGUGCCGCUCGAGAGCAAAAAGAAGGACGGGCGGGAACCGAUCCCAUCACCGGGUUGCCCGUCGGCAUGGUAGGAGCCCAAGUCAGCGUGCGCAAAAACAUGGUGAAGAUUGGACGGCCAGGGUACAAGAUUACGAAGACGCGGGAUCCGGUUACGAGACAGCAGGGCUUGUUAUUUCAGUUACAGUAUCCGGAGAUAGUAUCGGAUGUGCAGCCGCGGAUUCGGUUCAUGAGUGCGUAUGAGCAGAAGGUGGAGGACCCGGACAAGGACUUUCAGUAUAUGUUGGUAGCGGCGGAGCCAUAUGAGACGUGUGGGUUUAAGUUGCAGGCGAGGGAGAUUGAUCGCUCAAAUGAUCGGUAUUGGACUUGGUGGGAUUCGGAUUUGAAGGAGUUUUGGGUGCAGAUUAUGUUCAAGACGGAGAGAGAGGAGAGAUAUAGUGGCGUGCCGGGGCUGGCUUCCAGUCAGAUGAAAUGA